UACAAGUUGUUCCUUAAUCUUUUUCUUUUUUCUCCAAUAUGGUCAUCCUUGACUGGAUCUCGUUGGUUAUGCUCCCAUAAUUGAUUCUAUACUAAUUUCCCUGUUGUACUUUUUGGCUUUAAAUUUAUGCUAACGACAAAUUUCCUGCUGUAGAAUCAUGCUUCGUAUGAAAUUAUACGCUAUUAAGCAUAUGAUAUUCUUCAAUAAUUUAUUGAGCAUAAUUUUUCCAAAGUCAACUGUGGUCUGCUUCUGAGAGUGUAGGGAUAUUUACUUUGCUGUUGAAGUAACAUAUGCACAAAAUUACAUCAUAACUGGAUUUUUGUGGUUUCUGGAACAUGGAUUGGAGGAACGUAGUAUAGAUUUAACUUUGUAUAGAAAGUACAACAGCUUUCAACAUCCUUUUCCAUUUAUUCUUCUUCUUGUUACUGCUUUUCAACCUUCAGUUUGUCCUUUUCUUUUCAAUCUUAGCAUGUUUCUAGGUUUGCCCAGUUUUGUUAAGGGAUUCUAUCCAUCUAUAUAAUGCCUGUUUUAUAAGAGUAAAGUAGCUGUCUCAUAUGUGAGACUUAACGCGUAUGGGAUAUGAAGUUUUACCUCAUGAUUUUGUUCUUGAAGGAGACAGAAUAAUCAAGAUGGUUGAGGCAGUUGUGUCCUUUGCAGUUGAUAGGCUUGGUGAUCUAUUGAUUGAAGAGGCCAGAUUGUUAAGCGGGGUGAGUAACAAAGUCAAAAGCAUGCAAAAUGAAUUAAAGAGGAUGCAAUGUUUCCUAAGAGAUGCUGAGAGCAGGCAGGAUGAAAGUGAUACAAUAAAGAAUUAUAUUUCGGAGGUUAGAAAAUUAGCCUAUGAUGCAGAGGAUGUGAUUGAAAUUUAUGCUAUUAAGGUUGCAUUUGGCAUAAGUAUUGGAACUAAAAAUCCACUCUCCAGAGCUAAAAAUAUUCACAAAGUUGGCUCUGAGCUCAUAACAAUCAAUUCUCGAAUAUCUGACCUCACAAGAAGCUUACAAACUUAUGGUUUGACUGCAACUAAAGACAAUGAGGAAGCGUCUGAGGUCAAAAGACAAUUGAGGUGGUCUUAUUCUCACAUUGUUGACGAGUUCAUUGUUGGUUUAGAUAAGGACAUAAAUAAAGUGGCGGAAUGGCUAAUAAAUGAAAAUCAGGACUGUCGAUUUGUUUAUAUUUGUGGAAUGGGUGGUCUUGGUAAAACUACACUUGCCAAAAGCAUUUACCAUUACAAUACUAUUAGGCGAAACUUUGAUGGUUUUGCUUGGGCAUAUAUAUCUCAGCAAUGCAAGAAAAGAGAUGUUUGGGAGGGAAUUUUACUAAAGCUAAUUUCUCCUACAAAAGAAGAAAGGGAUGAGAUUACGAAAAUGAAAGAUGAUGAAUUGGCAAGGAAGUUGUUUAAAGUUCAACAAGAGAAGAAAUGUUUGAUCAUCCUGGAUGACAUAUGGAGCAAUGAGGCAUGGGACAUUUUAAGUCCUGCCUUUCCAUCACAAAAUACAAGGAGUAAGAUAGUUUUUACAUCCCGCAAUAAAGACAUUUCUUUGCAUGUGAAUCCUGAAGGCUUUCUUCAUGAACCAAGUUGCUUAAAUGCAGAAGACAGUUGGGCAUUGUUUAAGAAGAAAGCUUUUCCAAGACAAGAUAACCCAGAUUCCACAACUUCUGAUGACUUUAAAAGAUUAGGCAGAGAGAUGGUUGCAAAGUGUGCUGGUCUGCCUUUGGCUAUCAUCGUUCUUGGAGGGCUUUUGGCUACAAAGGAGUCGGUGAGUGAGUGGGAAAAAAUACAUAGACAUCUAAGUUCGUACCUAAUAGGAGCAUAGGUCCGUGAUAGGCGAAGAUUAGAUGAAGUGUUGGAUUUAAGUUACCAGGACUUGCCUUGUCAACUGAAGCCAUGUUUUCUGUAUUUAAGUCAAUUCCCUGAAGACUCUGAGAUACCAAAAACUAAACUACUGCAGUUAUGGGUGGCAGAAGGUGUUGUUUCAUCUCAAUAUGAGAGUGACCGGGAUGAGACAAUGGAGGAUGUUGCUGAACGCUAUCUGGGUAACUUAAUUAGCCGCUGCAUGGUUCAAAUUGGUCAGAUGGGGUCUACUGGUAGGAUAAAAACCUACAGGCUCCAUGAUUUAAUGCGGGAUCUGUGUUUGUCAAAGGCCAGAAAAGAAAAUUUUCUCUACAUUAUCAAUGGAUCACAACAAAAUAGUACCGUUAUUGCUACUGGUUCAUCUAACGUAUCAGAUGCAAGACAAAUUAAUGAAGUUCGUAGGCUUGCUGUCUACUUGGAUCAACAUGUUGAUCAAUUGAUUCCACAGGACAAACAAGUGAAUGAGCGUCUCAGAUCCCUUGUAUUUUUUCAUGACAAGAAGUGUAGGAUGGAAAAUUGGGACCUAGUCAGAGGUGUUUUUGUGAAGUUCAAAUUACUUAGAGUUCUAGAUCUUGAAGGAAUUAAGGGGCUGAAGGGACAGUCAUUGCCUAAAGAAGUGGGAAAUCUUUUAUGGUUGAAGUUUCUGAGUCUAAAAAGGACUCGUAUACAAGUGCUGCCAUCUUCCUUGGGCAACUUGGAGAAUCUGCAAUUCCUAAAUUUGCAAACAGUCAAUAAAGUGAGCUGGGAUUCAACAGUGGAAAUUCCAAAUGUAAUCUGUAAGUUGAAACGGUUGAGGCAUUUAUAUCUUCCAAAUUGGUGUGGGAAUAUUGUUAACAACCUGCAAUUGGACAAUUUGACUAAUUUACAGACACUAGUAAAUUUUCCUGCCAGCAAAUGUGAUGUAAAAGAUCUACUGAAGUUAAGGAGGCUCAGAAAGCUAGUGCUAAAUGACCCAAGACAUUUUCAAAAGUUUAGUGAAAGUUUCAGUCCCCCUAAUAAAAGGUUGGAUUGCCUUCAAUCCUUGUCUUUGAGGACUGACAUGCUUUCCUUCCCUGAAAAUGUAGUGGAUGUUGAAAAAUUGGUGCUAGGCUGUCCUUUCCUGCGUAAACUGCAGGUUGAAGGGCGGAUGGAAAGACUGCCAGACGCCUCACUGUUUCCUCGGCACAUUUCAAAGUUGACUUUAUGGGGUUGCAGACUUGUGGAAGACCCAAUGGUAACAUUAGAGAAGCUUCCUAACUUGAAGUUUCUAAAUGGGUGGGAUAUGUUUGUUGGAAAGAAAAUGACAUGCUCACUAAAUGGUUUUCUUCAACUAAAGGUUCUAGUACUUCGUGGCUUGCCUAAACUAGAUGACUGGACAAUAGAGAAUCAAGCCAUGCCUAGUCUUUACCGAUUGAGCAUAUCUGAUUGCAACAAUCUAAAAACGGUUCCCGAUGGGCUAAAAUAUAUCACUAGUCUUCGGGAGCUAGAAAUCAGGUGGAUGCCCAAAUCAUUCAAGACCAGGCUUGGAACUGCUGGAGAGGAUUACCCCAAAGUCCAGCAUGUUCCAUCUAUCAUAUUUUUGAACUAAGGAUUGAACCAACUGUCCUCCUUUACCCUCGUGCUUCCAGAAUCUGAGUUUUAAAAUUUGGAACUAGCUCUGUUCGUGCCUGGUAUUUGUUUGCAUUGUCAUCUAUGAAUUCAUUUAUUUUUAUUUAGUAUGGCUUUUAUAUUUGCGAGAUUGUUGAUAGAAUAGAUUUUCGGAAUAUUCUGCGAUUUGUAACUCCUAUUAAUUAGUGAAAAAGCUUGGUUGUUGUAUUAUCACAAACUUGUACAAUGUAACAACUGU